GGAUAUUAUUUAACCCCUUCACGCCUAAGAGUAAAACAAAAAUAAUGCCUAAGCACAAUUUUGCAACGUUGACAUGUGUUAGUAAAACCAUACAUAUCAGCACAACUACUUUGUACAUCCAGGUGAAUUAUACCUUGUUAUUUUCAGGACUAAUUGAGCUUUCAUUUGGUGGUAAAUGGUAAUGGAUAUCUCCUGAUGUUUUUUUAUUAUCAAAGGAAAACUGGCCCAAAAUAUAAUUUGGAUUUUUUUUUUUUUUUUACUAAAAAGAUAACGGAAUAAAUU